AUGGAAGGGACGACGGAAAUUGCCGAUAAGAAGCCCGGAAAGAAUAAUCAGGAGAUGAUUAACGCAAAAGCGGGGCAGGUUAAAGAUUGGAGUGGUUGGCUUGAAAGCUGGCUUAACGAUUAUGUCAAGCAAAACGUGAGCAAGGGUAAGUUGAAGGAUCUGAGCUAUGAGGAGCAUAAUCGUAAUGCGGUUCGUGAUGCUAUUAAAGAAGAAAUUAGAGUGCUCAUUGAACACAUCAAAGAUGAACCAGAUGGUGGAAAGCCUACGGCAGAAUUAAAUUUGAAGGACAUUCAGAAAUAUCUUGAAGCUGUUGCUGCGGCAAUUGAAACGCAUGUGGAGCCCAUUGCGGCUGAGAAACUUGCUACUAAGAUUGAGACAGUGUCACUGAGCAUCUCAGACGCAGCUCCAAAUACGAAACCAUAUCUCCGAGGAGCCAUAGAGGUAACGCUCCUAGAGCUUUCUUUGAUGAUAAAAUGCUUUGCUGGAGAACUUCAAUCAUUUCUUCUUAAGCCAGAGACGGAUAACAUCGCAGCCAAAAUAGAAGAAACAUACGGGAAUGCUGAGACACUGAACGGUCAACUCAACGAGGCAACUGGACACCCCGCCGGCUCAUCCGGCAAACCUAAUCACGCCAAAAACCUGGACGAGGCAAUUGAGGCUGUAAAAAACAAAGCGGUAGAACUAACCACUGGCGAUACAACUGCCAUGGCGACAUUGUCCGACCAAAUAAAAUCUAAUCUCGUGGCUCUGACAGGGGAAUUUGCCAUCGCUGGUAAAAAGGUCAGUGAGCAAUUGGAAAAGCUUAAAAAGGAAAUCUCUUUAAACAAGGAUGGAGAAGGCCUACAUAAAAUUCACAAACAACUUAAAGAGCUGCACGGAGGUGCAGUCACUGAUGCCCUCAGUGCUGCUGAGAAAUUCCUUAAACCGGACGCCUACAAACUUCGAGAUGAAACUAUCGAAAAACUCCGGGGACAAGUCGACAAGGAAAUAGAGAACGCUAAAAAGCUAAUGAUCAAACAGGCACAGAAAAUUUACGUGACGUCAGUCAAAGAGAUGCUGAAGGCCUUCGCCGAUAAGGUGCAAAAGGAGCUGCAAGAUUUGCCCAAGCAAAUUGACAAAGAGCGAAAGGAGGGCUUCAAGGGUUUUAUGAGAACCGUUGAAGGCAAAAUUACCGAUAAUGCAACGACUGACGAAAACAUUAAAAGCUCAAAGAUCUUGCAAAAAGCAACACUCUUCAAAACGCUGUCUACAAAAUUCAAGGAAUUCUUCGGGCCACUAAAGGGGUAUUUGGACACGGAGAUCAUGAGACUCUAUAAAGACAGCAACGCAAAGAAGAAUCCUCCAGUAACAAUUGGAGAUAAGGAUCCACAUCCUUACGCCGACGCACUUGACGCCGUGCAAUCCAAACUAAACACUCUCCUCGACGAACUUCACAACUCCAAUCACUUCACUCACAGUCUCACCAUUAAUCUUGGUAACCUUAGCACCGCACUUAAUAGUUUAGUUCCGACAAAUUUCGAGGGCCCGUGCAACACGCUGCCGGACGUUCUCAAGGUCGGACUGAGAGGGUUCCACGCUGAACUCGAAAAGGCGUACGUGUCGGUGUAUGAUGGUGUUAACUUUGGUGCUUCGUUGACGGAGACUAAAGUACACGCUGAUGGACGUACAUCCGGGAAGUUAACAACGUACGGCACGAAGUGCGCAAAAGUCUUCCUCACACUGCUUUCCAUAUUAUCUGACGACUUAAACGCAUUAAAACCAUUUGUAAAGGCACAUGUAAAUUUGAAAAGAUUAGCAAAUCCACUACGCUUGGUGAAUUCCUUGCCGAUAACGGUUUUAUUGUAUGCAAGACAGAUAAUCAAGACGGUGAGCUGCGCGGAAAUGAAAAGUUCCGAGGUCAGCAUAUACAUACAAAACUAA